CACUGUACUGUUGUGUGUGUUGUCAUUCUGUCACCUAUUCGUAAUUUAAAGAUUAAUUAUUUUGGAAAUUGGAUUUACGCUUUAUUUAUUACCAAUGGGUUCCUCUCAUAGCACAGAGGUUCCAGGUGGCGGAUCUGAAGGGUAUCAUGUUUUACGGGUCCAAGACGGUUCUCCGGGGCAAGAGGCAAAACUUGAAGCAUUUUUUGAUUUUAUAGUAGCUAUAGAAAACACUAGACUAGACCAAGACAAUGACACCCUCAAAGAACUUUUAAAAAAAAACAUAGACAGAACAAUAAAAAUGUUAAUAUAUAGCAGUAAAACCCAAUCAGUUCGUGAAGUUAUGAUAACUCCAAGUGCAAAUUGGGGUGGCCAGGGCUUACUGGGAGUCAGCAUUAAGUUUUGUUCAUUUGAAGGUGCUAAUGAAAAUGUCUGGCAUGUGUUGGAAGUUCAUCCAUCUUCUCCAGCAGAAAUAGCAGGGCUCAAGCCAUUUUCUGAUUAUAUAAUUGGAGCUGAUUCUGUUAUGCAUGAGAGUGAAGACUUCUUUACAUUGAUAGAGGCACAUGAGGGUCGAGCAUUGAAACUUUAUGUUUAUAAUGCAAAUGAUGACACAUGUAGAGAAGUUCAGAUUACACCAAACCAAAAUUGGGGUGGUGAAGGCAGUCUAGGAUGUGGUAUUGGCUAUGGAUAUUUACACAGGAUUCCAAUCAGAAGUAUCCCUCAGUCACAAGUUUCUUAUACUGCAAGCACACCACUGAUAUCAUCUCAGGUUUCCAAUAUAAAACAAAAUAUAGUAUCAGGAGUACAACAAUUGAGUAUAAAUGAGGAGAAAGCUCGACUGCCAAGUCUAUCUCAAGUGCCUAAUGUACCAGCGCCAUUACAGAACUCUCCGCCACCGUUCUUAUCUGGUGUGCCAAUGGUGAACCCAGUCACCCACACAGCCACAUCAGAUGUGCAAACAGUGUCACAAGAACAAACCCAGACUACAUCACCACAACAGCAGCAAACUAUGUCACAGGCACAAUCAGUAAUAUCUAAUAUGGCUGCAUACUCUAGCAGUUUUGCAGAUGCGACAUUGACCAACCUGGGAAGCAUACCAACAGUAUCUAACGUCCAGCCGCCAGCGCCUCUGCCAUCUUUGCCCGGCAUUCCUAUGAAUCAACCUCAACCUUACAUACCAAUGAUGCCUAAUUACACGCAGCCACUUGCAACGGCUAGUGACAUACAACCAUCUCAAACGCCGUAUAGUUCGCCAAACUUAGUACCGACUUUUAAUAUGAGCAACUUCCCUCAAGCUCCCAUUCAACCACCGCCCAUGUCGAGUGGCAUUCCAGUAUUGACACCAGUGUCCCUGCCGGGCAUGCCGCCGCUAACCGUUAGUGCUACGCUGCCAGUCGCCACCAUGAAGGAAAUCCAUCAACAGCAGUCGAUGCAGCAACAAGAUUUACUAUCGUGAAACAACGAAGGGGUAGGCCUUCUUUUAGAUAAUGCUAUUUUAUUUUUCUGAAGAAGAUGAUAAUUAUUGUUUAUAUUCAAAUCAUGUACAAUCAAACAUAAGAACCAAUCCAAUAAUGAUGCUGUGCAAUAUAAUUUAAUUUUACUAUUCAUUUUGCGUUACUUGAUGAUGGAACGAAUAUUAUUUGUUGACACAUUUAUUUCGCUAUAACGAUGUCUUUAAAUCAUCGGUUAUAAAAAAAUAAUUUUCUUUAAC